CGGAGAGUUCAGCUCGCGCCCGCCGCACUCAGCCCGGACCGUGACCAAAGAAGGUGCUGCUUCAGCUGCUUCAGGGAGCCAGGCCCGGGGCGAAAUGGAACAUCUACUCGGGGGAGAAGCGUCUCACCGGCGAGAGAGUCUGGACGGCGACUGCCGAACCGAUACAGGGGACACGACUUCAGACCCGCUCGCAGAACGAGCCGGCAGUUUAGACUCUGUGGGGGGGCACUCUGCGGAGCCGGGCCAGGAGGAGCUUGAGCUCCGUGAAGAGGAGGCGGCUCGGAAGGAAACCAGCUCCCAGCACGCGAUCCACACGUCUGAGAUCGAAGUGUCCUUGAGGAACCCGUCACCUAAAAUGGGGACCCGCGAGGACGGCGGUGCCAACGUACCGGCGGAAGGAGGAAGAGACCGGGACCUGUCUCCUGGUGCGAUAACAGAGACCACCGGAGGGAAGGUCUGCACGUUUCCUGAUCCACGGCAGGAAGCUGCUGUAUUUACCAUCCAACAUCCGAAAGAGAGGGAGGCCAGGCACCUCAAGUCCUCACAGGAAACCCUGGAGGUCGACGCUCAGGCAGAAACGGGGGCAACUAGGCCCCAAGAUUAUCAUACAUUUAAAGAGUUCCAAGGUUUGCUGGGAGCUGAAGCUGAGGCUCGGAGUUCGCACCAGGAUACAUGCGCCACAGAAUUUCCUCAGGGGGAACAGUCCUGUCAUGUGGAUAUUCACAAGCUUUCUGUUGACGAAAGUAAGGGUGCCCAGCAGAUAACACAAAUGCAUUCUUCAGCGGAAGGUCUCCAAGCUCCUCAUGUUGUGGACGAGGCCGCUGCUUCCAAACAUCUACAGGAAGACUUUGUAGAACCUCAGCUGCAUGGAGCUGCAACAGAGCAAGACGAUGCAAAGACAAGCAGGAACACCGCAUCUGACCACGUGACAGGAAACACAACUGUAAACCCACCUGAACAGGACUGUCCCAGCUCAGAGGAAAACGCUGACGGUGCGAUUUCAUUCACACAUACCUCACUGAAAGAAACCGACUCUAACAGGAUGCUUCCAUCGUGCCUCAGAGAUAAUGAGCAUGCAGAGAUGUCUGCAGGUGUUCAGCAUAGAGAUCUAAUUCAUGACAAUCCUGUUUACUCAUGCUCACCUGAUACAGAAAGAGACCCCAAGAAUGAAAAUGACAUAUUAGCUACAGAGAUACCUCAAUUGGCAGAUGUUGGAUGUUCAUCAUCAGUCAUCCAAAAGAAAGAGACAGAGUCUGAAACAACUGUACAAGAAAAUGAUAAAACCACUGAAACAAUACCUGUUGUGAUGGAGGUCGGUCCUCCUGGUGAGGACACACAAAAUAUAUGCAAAGAUUCAAUGUCACGUGUAAUGAGGCCAAUGAACUUUGACCAAGCUGACUCUUUGUGGAGCAAUGCUGACGCCGGAUCGACCGCGCCUCCCUCCGCGAACGCGUCAGAAGAACUUCAGCUCGGACAAUCGGCCGCGCUGACUCCCACAAACCACAAAGACUGUGAGCCAUCAGGGCGGAAUUCCACACUGAAUGCUGAGGAAAAGCCAUGGGGUGGCGCAACAGGGGGUGUCGCCAACCACAGAGCCGACACCAACCCUGAGAAAAUGGCAGAAGCAUCAGAUUCUUCCAGGUCAGAGGCGCCAUUUAUGGACGAUCUGUUCAAAGAAGCCGUCGUCAUGAGAAUGCAGCGAAACAGAGCGGAGGCCGCCCCGCCUCCUUCAGAAACAGCACUGUCUGAGGCACUGGCCAUUUCUGAGGACCACCUGCAUGCUGCAGGCAAGCAGAGACAAGGGGCGGAUCCCCUUCUACACGGGGCAAAGACAGGAGAGGUUGCAUCGUCAAAUCUCGUCACAGAUAUUACAACGCUGAAUCUAUAUGAUUUGAACAAAGAUGGCUCGGGGAGCAAUUACAUCGGUGGAAAGAUGCUGUCUACCUCUGUAUUUACACAGAGUCCAGUGGACUCUUUGCAAAGCAAUAAUGAUGACCACCAACAAAAACAGACUGCAGGUACGCAGUUGGAAGAAAUGUCUGAUAGUGACACUGAGUUUGCCUGUCCAUCACCAAAGAGCAAAGUCUUCCCAGAGUAUCAAACCAAAGCACUUAACAUCUCAAAUACAGAUGUUGCGCAUUCUCAGAAUUCAGAAAUUUAUGUGACGGACUCUGUUGCGUCGACACAAAAAAUGGGAAAGAUAGAGAGCGGGUCACAACCAUUAACAGAGGCCUUCCCAGAGGAAGCCCAUCCUAGUCCAUCUGACCAGGACAGCCCUGCCUUCGGGGGUAAGGGUGAUGGAGGAGCCGUUGUGUCUUCCUCCAUUUCCAUAGCAGAGGCCGCUUCUCCACACCCACAAACUCCCAAAGAGAACCAGAGAAGCGAGAGACCCCCAGAAUUGCUGACGGACGAAAAGCAGAGUCGUGCCACCGCUCACGUCUCUCUCCCAGAGACAACCAAGGAUCAUCCUCAGGAAGACACAACGUCGCCCCCGGGAGCCGCACAUUCAGCGUCCUCAACGGAGAAGGGCGAUGAAGUAGAUGAUCCUCGGUCACCUGUGAAUCCACACGCUAACGGAAAGGCUGUCCCACAAGUUCCGCCCGGGAGUGGAAGGAAUAUUUCGGAACAUCGCCCGCAGCCUGAAGACGAGCAGAACGAAAGAGCCGAAAAACUCAACAGUCGACGGGACGGGAACUCGGGGGCGUCGUCGCCGAGCGACGCCGAAAAGAAACGGGGGGUCCAGUCGGGCCAGGGCUCCGCUCCGGGGAGAGAAACGUCCCAGGAGGCCACGAGAACCAGGCCCGUCUCCGAGCUCAUAAAGGAGACCAUUCAGAUGCACGAGAACAUCAAGCAGCAGGACAGGGCGAAGAGGCCCGAGGCGAAGCCGGACGGAGCGCUCGAGCAGGGGCAGUCAGUGAAGGUAGCGCAGAUGAAGAAGGCCUUCGACGUUCCCAAGAAGUCUCCGGAAAAAGCGCCCGAGAGGAAGCCCUCGGUAAAAAAAGAUAUGUUCAGACGAGUGGUGCGACAGAGCAAGUUCCGUCACGUCUUCGGGCAGGCGGUGAAGAACGACCAGUGCUACGAUGACAUCAGGGUCUCGCGCGUCACCUGGGACAGCUCCUUCUGCAACGUCAACCCCAAAUUCGUCGCCAUCAUCAUCGAGGCCAGCGGCGGCGGGGCCUUCCUGGUCCUCCCCCUGCACAAGUCUGGCCGCAUUGACAAAGCCUACCCGACCGUGUGCGGUCACACGGGCCCGGUCCUGGACAUCGAGUGGUGCCCGCACAACGACCAGGUCAUCGCCAGCGGGUCCGAAGACUGCACUGUGAUGGUGUGGCAGAUCCCGGAACACGGGCUGACCGUGCCCCUGGCGGAGCCCGUCGUGGUCCUGGAGGGGCACUCCAAGAGGGUCGGCAUUGUCACCUGGCACCCCACGGCCCGCAACGUCCUCCUCAGCGCCGGCUGCGAUAACCAGGUGAUCAUCUGGAACGUGGGCACGGGGGAGGCCAUGAUCAACCUGGAGGAGAUGCACCCGGACGUCAUCUACAGCGUGUGCUGGAACCGCAGCGGGAGCCUCAUCUGCACCGCCUGCAAGGACAAGAAGAUCCGCGUGAUCGACCCGCGCAAGGAGGAGAUCAUCGCAGAGAAGGACAAGGCUCACGAGGGGGCGCGGCCGAUGAGGGCCAUCUUCCUCGCCGACGGAAACGUCUUCACCACCGGCUUCAGCCGCAUGAGCGAGCGGCAGCUGGCCCUCUGGAACCCCCAAAGCAUGGACGAGCCCAUCUCGGUGCACGAAAUGGACACGAGCAACGGCGUCCUGCUUCCCUUCUACGACGCCGACACCGGCGUGGUCUACCUGUGCGGGAAGGGCGACAGCAGCAUCCGGUACUUCGAGAUCACGGACGAGGCGCCGUUCGUCCAUUACCUCAACACCUUCACCACCAAGGAGCCCCAGAGGGGCAUGGGAUACAUGCCCAAGCGCGGCCUCGACGUCAACAAGUGUGAGAUCGCCAGGUUUUAUAAACUGCACGAGAGAAAGUGUGAGCCGAUCAUUAUGACCGUGCCACGAAAGUCGGACCUGUUCCAGGACGACCUGUACCCGGACACGGCGGGCCCCGACCCCGCCCUGGAGGCGGAGGAGUGGUUCGAGGGCAAGAACGGCGAGCCCAUCCUGAUCUCCCUCAAGCACGGGUACAUCCCCGGCAAGAACCGCGACCUCAAGGUGGUCAAGAAGAACGUCCUGGACAACAAGCUGGCCAAGAACGCGGAGAACACGGGCCCCGCCCACAAGACGGAGAAGCCCACCCCGUCCAUAAAAAAUGAAGCCAAGCUGGAAGAGAUCCUGAAAGAGGUCAAGUCCCUCAAGGACCUAGUCAGCAGUCAGGAGAAGAGAAUCACCAAACUAGAAGAGCAAAUGUCCAAGAUCGCCAUUUAAAGGACCCCCACCCCCUCACCCUCCCUAUCCCCAUUCCCACCCCCCCCCACCGCACUUCAGGACGUUCCAUUGGCCGGGAGGUGGGCGGGUCCGUCACUGCCAAUCUUGACGACAGCGUUCCGCCUGACUCCCCCCCCCUCUCCCAGCAGUCCCACGCAAACAUUCCGAGAUUAACGUUUUUUUUUUCCUUAUCCCGCCCCGCCCUCCCCUCCCCCAAAACAAAAACCCCUGGACCCCCGCCCCCCCCGCCCGUUAACAACACCAGAGGAGAAAGAGAAAGAAACGGCAAACUCUUACAAUUAAUAAUUCCAGCUUUUUAUUGAAAAAAGAAAAAAUCGUACUUUUUAAAAGAAGUGGCAAAUAUUUUGGUUGUUUUUUUUUUUGUUUUUUUUUUGUUUAUGGAAAAGUCUUAACUUUUUCCCUUUCCUUUUUAAAAUUGUGACCAAGAAAAUUCCGACAUGAACAGUUUGUAUUUACUGUGGUAUACCCAAAUGUUUUAUAUGUAGUUAUCAGUAUUGCAUUCUUCCCUUACCUUCUUGUUGCCAAAUUUUAAAGGAGUUUCGUUUACGCAUCUCCUUGACAGUAUUUUACUUUUUUUUUUCCCUUUAGUUUUUUUUUUUUUUUCUUUUCAUGAUACAAAAUAUAAGGGACAAUGCAAUAGAAUGGUAAUGUAAAGGAGGGGAAAUAUUUCAAUCUAUUACUGUACAAAUGUAUUGAUGGGGGGGGGGGGGGAACAAAACAAAACAUACCGAUUUUGCGACCAACCACUGAAUGGGAAGGAAAGGAUUCUGAUAUUAAAUAGUUAUUUUUGCUGCCAUGUCCGUUUUUUUGGGUGUCCAUUUAACACGCUCCCUCGGGUAUCGAGGCGCUGUGGAAAUUCUUUGGUCUUUUUCUGCUGUAAAUGUUUCGCAAAUCUAGUAGUUCCCCGCUGGCUGUUCGGAAGGUUGGUCCUGAGAGCGGUCUCCGAUCGGUCCCUCUCUCUUUCGGGGAGGGGGGGGGGUCCAGUCUUGUCGGUGUUACCUGCUUCUCAUCGAAAACCUUCUGACAACCAGUUUAUGCAUGCAAUAAAGAUUUUACUCGCUCUAAGGAGUUCUCUCCAACAAUAAAUAUCUUAAAAGAC